CGCUCCGACUGUCAUGGCGGCUUACAGAGUCUCUCCAGCCUUGCAGAGAGUAUUACAUGCUGUUAAGCAUGCAUCCCUCAAGUCGCGAUGCUGUGUUGUCAUCGGCCGUGCUCAGUACUCCACUGCCUAUGACCACAAUGAGAAGACGUUUGAUAAGAUCCUCAUUGCAAACAGAGGGGAGAUCGCCUGCAGGGUGAUGAAGACCUGUAAGCUGAUGGGCAUUAAGACCGUGGCGGUGCACAGUGACGUGGACGCCAGCGCGGUGCACGUCAAGAUGGCCGACGAGGCAGUAUGCGUAGGCCCCGCCCCCACCAACAAGAGUUACCUCAACAUGGACGCCAUCAUGGAGGCCAUCAGACAGACGGGAGCGCAGGCCGUCCACCCAGGUUAUGGAUUUCUGUCAGAAAACAAAGAGUUUGCCCGGAGACUGGCGGCUGAGAAUGUGACCUUCAUCGGCCCCGAUACUCAUGCCAUCCAGGCCAUGGGGGACAAGAUCGAGAGCAAGCUCAUCGCCAAGGCAGCCAAGGUCAACACCAUCCCCGGGUUCGAUGGAGUUGUCAAGGAUGUCGAGGAAGCUGUGAAGAUCUCCAACGAAAUCGGGUACCCUGUCAUGAUCAAAGCAUCGGCCGGCGGAGGAGGCAAAGGCAUGAGGAUAGCCUGGAAUGACGACGAGACCAGGGAAGGCUUCCGGUUAUCUUCACAAGAGGCGGCAUCCAGCUUUGGGGACGACCGUCUCCUGAUCGAGAAGUUUGUUGAUAAUCCCAGACACAUCGAGAUCCAGGUCUUGGCAGAUAAGCAUGGCAAUGCCCUGUGGCUGAAUGAGAGGGAGUGUUCCAUCCAGAGGAGAAACCAGAAGGUGGUGGAGGAGGCACCCAGUAUGUUCCUGGACCCUGAGACGCGUCGUGCGAUGGGCGAGCAGGCGGUGGCGUUGGCCAAGGCGGUGCAGUACUCCUCGGCCGGCACGGUGGAGUUCCUGGUGGACUCAAAGAAGAACUUCUACUUUCUGGAGAUGAACACACGACUGCAGGUGGAGCACCCCAUCACUGAGUGCAUCACAGGGCUGGACCUGGUGCAGCAGAUGAUCCGCGUUGCCAAGGGAUACCCCCUCUCACACAAGCAGGAGGACAUCCCCAUCAAUGGCUGGGCCAUCGAGAGCAGAGUCUACGCAGAGGACCCAUACAAGUCCUUUGGACUGCCCUCUAUCGGGAGACUGUCUCAGUACCAGGAGCCUCUCAACCUGCCCAACGUGCGAGUUGACAGUGGAAUUGAGGAGGGCAGUGACAUCAGUAUCUAUUAUGACCCUAUGAUCUCUAAGCUGGUGACGUACGGCAAAACGCGAGAAGAAGCCUUGAAGAGGAUGGAGGCAGCACUGGAUAACUACGUCAUCAGAGGUGUGACCCACAACAUUCCCCUGCUGCGGGAGAUCAUCGUGAACCCGCGCUUCAUCUCCGGCAACAUCACCACCAACUUCCUGCCCGAGGUCUACCCCGAGGGGUUCAAAGGUCACCCGCUGACGGCCCCAGAGCAGCGCGAGCUGCUGGCCGCCGGAGCCUCGCUCUACCUGGCCGCCCAGCUGCGCUCACAGAAGUUCCUCGGGGACCUCAGGGUAUCCUCGGCCCACCAGGAGCGUAAGCAUUGGGAGCUGUGUGUGGAGCUGGACAGUGGGGUGCACAUGGUCGGUGUGUCGCGCUCGGGGUCCACCUACACGGUGGAGGUUGAUGGGGAGAAGGUGGAGGUGAGUGGAGACUGGAACCUGGCCUCAGCACUUCUCAACGUCACCGUCAACGGCACACACAGGACGCUCCAGUGUCUUUCUCGCAGUGCAUCAGGAGAGCUCAGUCUACAGUAUCUUGGGACCACGUUUAAGCUGCGUGUGUUGAGUAAGUUGGCGGCGGCCCUGAGUAAGCACAUGCCAGAGAAGGUUCCGGAAGACACCAGUAGCAUUCUGCGCUCCCCCAUGCCCGGAUCUGUGGUGGCCGUGUCCGUCAAGCCUGGAGACACGGUGGCUGAGGGUCAGGAGAUCUGUGUUAUUGAAGCCAUGAAGAUGCAGAACAGCAUGACUGCUGCCAAGACAGCCAAGGUGAAGAGUGUCCACUGCAAAGCUGGGGAGACAGUUGGAGAGGGCGACCUUCUGGUGGAGCUGGAGUAGGCCGGAGAUGAAGAGCCUCCACCCAACUCAACACAACCAGCCACCCGCUCACCUCCACACCUCGGCGGCCAGUACUGCACAAGCUGUCCACCCCAUCCGUCGACCUGCUGAGCCAGACACCAGACCCCCCAUGCCACAUGCUCAACAACUCAGCCCCCCACCCCCCAGAAUGGUCCCUGUAGUGUAGCGUCUAGACGGAACAUUCCCUUAUUUUAGAUUCUAUUUGGGUUAAACCAGGGUAGUUGUUAGCUGUCUUUUUCUAUUUGUUGUUUUUCUGCCCUCGUUCUAUUUUCCUUUCCUACUGUAUAUCCUCAUCGCAGCUCAUCAGUCUGAAAGGUUUAUUAGUUCACGUUACAGUACUCUACAUAGGGAGCAAGAUCGUAUCGCUCACACGUUACAUAGUGAACUACUGUACUGUAUGUGGUGAACACGUGAACAUCUCGGUCUUGGCACAAACUUCUUUUCUGUAGGAUUUACCACUAUGUGCUUCAUCUAUUACACUCACACUAACCUGCAUUAUCUAUGUGCCUUCUUGGUUUUAUCAACCUUUUUUAAAAUCUGAGCUGGGACUUUACAAUGAUAUAACAGUCCAGACACCAGCUUCCUUACACCGAUGGACGUGAUGGAACUACUUCCAAACUUCCAAAUACCGUGAGUUAUUGGGUCACUUGAUCAACCAGGCCAGCAUUCUUGGGGUUCCUCCCCCUUCAGACCAGGGUGAGGGGUGUGUCGAAGCCCCCUAUGCCUUAUAGUUAGGCUCAGUCUGCUGUUGGCCCCCGAUGAGAACGUGAUCUGUUCUGGUACAUCAUCUUGUAUCUUUCAGCUUCAAUCUCUGUCUAUAUCUUCUAAAAUCUCACUUUUGGGUCAUAGGAAAUGAAAUCAUGAUCUUCUAGGAUUUGAUAGAGUAGAAUGUUUGGAAUAGAAUGUAUCAAUAGUAGCUUGAGUUCUGUUUUCUUUUUUCCUUUGUUUUUGUUUUGUUUUCGUGUGUGACAAAACUGUGCAGUCUCACUGAGAUGUUUUCCCUCCCAUUCCCUCCCCACCCCAUCCCGUCAAAAACAAAACAGAGCCAAAAGGUGCAGCAGUGUACAGAGGCAGCCAAGACAAACAAGAGUGAAACUAUUAUUCCCUAGGCACUCACAAUGUAGCAGGGGUAACGAGGGAGGAUGUCUAGUUGUAGACACCUGUGCGUGUGCGUGUGCUUCUGUGUGUGUAUGUGUCUGUGUGUGUGUGUGCAAGAUCGAGCGCGACUCUUUGUGUGUUAACAUCCCGUUGCUGAUGUAUUUGUGGAGGACUGAUGGAGGUCGCUGGCUGCACAGAGUGCGUUGGCGAGAGCUGGAUAUCCGUUACGCUAGGCAGAAGGUUGCUCCCGCUAAUGUAUUGCCCUCUGCAGCACUCCAGGCCAGCGAACGCUGACCCCUUUAUCACCUUCAACCUUCACCUUUGACCCCUAGCGCUCGGGCUGCCCUGCACUAUAGUCGCUCUAACCUAAGCCCUCGUUCUGGUUUUCCCGAUCUGUUUGUAAAUGGUUUUUCUGAGAAAAGGUUUUUGUAAUAAAUAUUCUAAAAGGGGAAUAAAGAGUUUCCACCUGAACAAGUGCAUUAAAGAAAUGUGAUCUUUUA